UCUUAUACAACCAUUGCAUAUAUGCUUUCCCGUUUAGCUUCAUCCUCAGCAAGAACCCUAACAAGCAGAUCUUCACCAGCAUUUUAUUUGUGCCUUCCCAAACCCUACAUCCAAAGUUACUGUCCAGCAACUUCUUUGAAGAGUCAUUCUCUGAGAGUUUUGAGAAGAACAAUGGCUUCUGGUGGAAAGCAGCAGUUCCCUCCUCAGAAACAAGGAGCUCAGCCUGGCAAAGAACAUGCCAUGGAUCCCACCCCUCAGUUCACCAACCCUGAUUACAAACCCUCCAACAAGCUCCAAGGGAAAGUAGCGCUAGUGACGGGUGGGGACUCUGGGAUAGGGAGAUCUGUGUGCCAUCUCUUUGCUCAAGAGGGUGCAACCGUGGCCUUCACAUAUGUAAAGGAACAAGAGGACAAGGACGCACAAGACACAAUCCAAAUGAUCAAACAGGCCAAGACUUCUGACGCCAAGGAACCCAUGGCCCUUGCAGCUGAUCUCGGAUACGAUGAAAAUUGCAAGAAUGUUGUUGAGAAAGUCGCAGAUGCAUACGGCCGCAUUGAUAUUUUGGUUAACAAUGCGGCUGAGCAGUACAAAGCAAGCUCCGUGGAAGAGAUUGAUGAGCCCCGUUUGGAGAGGGUCUUUAGAACCAACAUAUUUUCUUACUUCUUCACGACCAGGCAUGCGUUGAAGCACAUGAAAGAAGGAAGCUCCAUAAUAUGCACGACAUCAGUCAAUGCAUACAAAGGAAACGCCAAGCUGCUUGAUUAUACUUCCACCAAGGGGGCAAUUGUGGCAUUCAUAAGAGGACUUGCAUUGCAGUUGGUAAACCGAGGUAUCCGAGUCAACGGUGUAGCUCCGGGACCAAUAUGGACCCCAUUGAUUCCAGCAUCUUUCGAUGAGGAGGAAGUUUCGCAAUUCGGCAACCAAGUGCCAAUGCAGCGAGCCGGGCAGCCAUGUGAGGUCGGACCAAGUUACGUCUUCCUCGCUUCCAAUGCCUUCUCUUCUUACUACACCGGCCAAGUCCUCCAUCCUAAUGGUGGAACUGUUGUAAAUGCUUGAUGGGGUUUUGUGGAGGAGUCUUUUGGCUGGUGUUUUUGUGUGUGCGCGCGCGUGUUUUGAGUCAUGAAAUGGUUUGCGUGUGUCUGCUGUUGUGUGAAGUACAUGAACAAAUGAGCAUGUCCUUUUGCUAAUAAAGCAUGGAACAAAUUCUGUACCUUUUAUGAUGAGCUGGGUUGAGUUGGAGCGAAUCUUAACAAUCCCACAUCACCUAUAUACAACCCGUUACAAGGUAGAAUCGCAGCACAAUGGGUCGGAUUCUCCAAUUCCGCGUUUAAUUGUUUCAAACUCUCGGAAGCAUGACUCCAAUAUACAACCAGUUACAUGGCAGAAUUCAGCCCAACGAGUCACGAGGAUAUACAAUCGUUUACAAGACAGAUUAUUAUCCUA